AUGUCGAGCGAUGCCAUCGAGGACGAGCUGACUUCGAUCAACGCCAUCUUUGAUGAGGAAACGCUGUCACCAAUCGAUGUGAGCGCCAGAUUGUUCAGUCUGCGACUGCCAUCCUUUCCCUCGAUAGUUCUCCGUAUCGAAUUUUCAGCAGACUAUCCAGAUGCCCCGCCCUCGAUUCUUGGGACUCAAAGCGUCGGCAACGAUGUGCCAAAAGGUAUGGGAAUUCGAGCAGUAGAUGUGGCGAGAGAUGUGCUUGCGCAGGUAUAUCGCCCAGGCGAGGCCUGCAUAUACGACCUCUUAGAAGAUACAAGAGAAGCUUUAGAGAAGGCAGAAGAGCAAGGAAAUUUCAAUGUGAACGACCAAGUCGAGGAACAAGCACAAGAGGAGGAUACAUCUCACGGUCAAAGUUCCACUGCUGACUUUGGACCCGAGCCUCCAUGGAUAGUGGGAGAGCCAAUCAGUGAGAAGAAGUCUGUCUUCCUUGCCCGCGUGGCUCCAGUUUCGUCGCCACAACAGGCCAAGCAGUAUAUCCAGCAUCUACUAGCAACAGACAAGAAGGCUGCUAAAGCAACACACAACAUGACAUCGUGGCGUAUUAAAGGACCCAACGACACCGUUUUCCAAGACUGCGACGACGAUGGCGAGACAGCCGCAGGGAGCCGAAUGCUGCAUCUGAUGCAGCUCAUGGAUGUGUGGAACGUCAUGGUUGUCGUCACGCGAUGGUAUGGCGGUACUCACCUCGGUCCAGAUCGCUUCAGACUCAUCAACACCGCUGCAAGAGAAGCUCUUGUGCUGGGAGGAUUUGUAAAAGAUAACAAGGAAGAGCUGGGCAAGAAGAAAGGCAAGAGAUAG